AUGAAGUCGGUGCUGGCCCUGCGCAAAUCACAAGUUGGCAAGGCAGCCGCCGCUGGCCAGCUUCGGGGCUUGCACUCCUCCAAAGACUCGGAUGACGAGGAGGAUGAGGCGGAGGAUGCCGACACUGCGCCCGGCAGCGGAUCCGCCACCUUUGACCGGCUCGUUAACCUCCUCGGCGACCCCACCGCCGCGUCAAGGCAGGCCGCGCUUCAGCAGCUCUGCGGCUUGCCACUGGGCGGCGACCAGCGCAAGUCUCUGCUCCGCCCUCUGCUGCUCCGCUUCGCCGACCCGUCCGAGCGAUGCCGCGAGCUCGCCGCGAGCAUCUUUGAGCAGUGGGUCGAGGGCGCCGACGUAGCCGACGUUUCCGGCUCCCUGCCCUUUCUCCUGCCGGUGCUCGUCGAGCGGCUCGGCACCGAGGCGACUGCGGAGCCUUCCGAAGAGCUGCGGUCGGCGCUCGUCUCGUUGACGACGAAGGCUCUGUUCAAAGUGCGCGCUCUGCUGCGCCCGUACGUCGCCGAGAUAGGCUCGAUCGUCCUCGGCGUCUGCCGCGACAACUACCCGCCGGCUCUGCGCGGCGCGUGCGCCUUGAUGGUGCUGGUGGGCCGCGAGGUGCUGCCGCCGAUGGUGAAGUCGAUGGGCGGCAAGGCGGUGCAGCCGUACUCUGCGAGGCUCAUCGAAGCGGUGCUGCCGCACCUGCACCAUCGCCACUCGUCCGUCCGCGUCGCCGUUCUCGAGGCACUCGAGCACGUCCUGCUCGCUGGGGCUGGCCAGUCCGUCGAGACGCUCGUCGGAUGGCGGAUGCAGAACAACGUGCCCAUCGCCGAGUUUUAUGGCAAGAUCCCCUUUCUCUUGCUCCAAGUGCUUGUGCUUCGGCGGUUAGUGGUGCACUAA